ACUCGUCCCAGUCGCGUCGAGGCAACUCCAGCACAUCCUCACCGCCCGGGUUCUCUUCGCAGGUGAGUGCCGGAGUUGUUGCUCUCUCGCUUCCCCGGGUCCCGCCUUCUCUUCCAGUCACUCGGUUGCGUUCGUCACCGUCACCGAGUAACGGAUAGGAUUUUUUCCGGUCUCCACCAACAUCAUAAUCUGCUUGAGUCAAGUGCACCAUGGCAGCGCAGUUCCGCUACCCGCCGCCAGAGCUGCAGCAGGAGCUGCGCGAGAUCGCCGCGGCGCUGGUGGCGCCAGGCAAGGGCAUACUGGCCGCUGACGAGUCGUCAGGCACCAUCGCCAGUCGCUUCGCCGGCAUCGGCGUGGACAGCACUGAGGAGAGCCGGCGCCAGUACCGCCAGCUGCUGUUCUCGUCGGACAAGGCGAUCGGCCGCAACGUGUCCGGCGUGAUCCUGUACCACGAGACGCUCUACCAGAAGGCCGACGACGGCAGGUCCUUCGUGGAGCUGCUGAAGGACCGCGGCAUCCUGCCGGGCAUCAAGGUGGACGAGGGCAUGGUCAGUCUCGCCGGCUCGGACAACGAGGUCACCACCCAGGGGCUGGAUGACCUGCACAAGCGCUGCGCGCAGUACAAGAAGGACGGCUGCCAGUUCGCCAAGUGGCGAUGCACGCUGCGCCCGGGACCACACACCCCCUCACCCCUCGCCGUGCAAGAGAACGCCAACGUGUUGGCGCGCUACGCGUCCAUCUGCCAGGCCAACCGCCUGGUGCCCAUCGUCGAGCCGGAGAUCCUGACUGACGGCGACCACGACCUGGAGCAGGCCCAGAAGGUGACGGAGGUGGUGCUGGCGGCCGUGUACAAGGCGCUGCAGGAUCACCACGUGUACCUCGAGGGCUCGCUGCUCAAGCCCAGUAUGGUGACGGCAGGACGGCGCUGCCCCACCAAGUACUCACCGCAGGACGUUGCGCGGGCCACUGUCACUGCUUUCAGCAGGACCAUCCCUGCCGCGGUCGCUGGCAUCGCCUUCCUGUCGGGCGGGCAGUCCGAGGAGGAGGCAACCGUCAAUUUGGAUGCCAUCAACAAGUUCCCCGGAAAGAAGCCGUGGCCUUUGACCUUCAGCUACGGCCGUGCCUUGCAGACGUCGGUACUUAAGGCGUGGGGCGGGAAGGCCAGCAACAUUAAGGCGGCCCAAGAAGAGCUGCUGAAGCGAGCCCAGGCCAACGGGGAAGCAUGCCAAGGGAAGUACCGACCAGGCAGUUUCACGUCUCUUGCCUCAGGCAAAACCAACUACGCGGACUCCAUCGCGUACUGAUAGUGGACCUUGCUUAGCCCACCGCCGUCACGGAAGCUGGAUACGUCUGUGGUGUUGGACAGCCACUACACCACAAGUGCGGUCCGAUUGGCGGUGAUACUACGUACGAAGAUUAAGGCAGAAAUAGCUUACAAAUAUAUACUGAUUUCCGCAAUUAACGCAUUCAUUAUCAUUUGAAACGCUGCCAGGCAGAAGCUCAAGUCACCAAGUACUGGCUCUUUAUGGAAUAUAUUCGGAAAUAAUCACACAGUAAAGAUUUUUUUUUGUCCCGGGCCUAAUUUGACGUAAGGAAUAACACACGGAGAGUAAUAUUGUUACUAAGAUAUGACCAGAGUGUAAAUGUUACACUAUUUUAAUUUCAUUUUAUCACUACCUUCUUUUGUAGUAAAUUAAAGACUUUCUUUACAGACAUAAUUUAACAGUUUUGCGGUAUAUAUACUAGUUGGAGAAACAUUUCUACGUGGUUAUAUUCUGAAUUUAGCAUCCAGAUUACCUACUUGAAAAUGCACUUAUUUUACUAAGACAUACUGAAAUUUUACUUAUUUCUGAAUUAUAUAAGUACGCUUAUCUAAAUAUUAGAAAGGGUGUAAAAAUACCAGCACAAAGAGGUAAGCAAAAUUGAAGGCUAUGCACCUUUCUUGUGACGGCAACAAUGUUUGCUUCGACUGGGUGGUGGAUUCAACAAAUAUGUUCCUUUUUGAGAAACCUACUCUUUCAAAUAUGACAUUAUUUGUGAACAUCAGAGCAGGAAAUACCUUAAUCAUAUUGUAAUGAUGUGACUUAUCCCCUCAGGAUCUUUACAUUAGCUACGAAACAAUAUUAUCGAGAAAAUCUGUAGACUAAUAUCUGUCAAAAUGUUAACAAGUCUUAAGUGGGAAGGUAGUGAUUUUAUAUUAAUUAUUUAAAUUUAUAGUUGCUAAAUGAGAAUUAUGAUGCAAUGUAAUUUUUGAUUUGCUAUUCUUUACCUAAAAAUUAAUUUCAGCAAUAAACAUCAUGCUUGAGAUUUUGUCAAAGAUAUAUCUCUAUUUUUUUUCUGAAUUGUCUGACCUAGUAGGUCUAACUAUAAAUAUGUCUUAUUACAAAUAUAAAUAAGAUGCAUGAGAAUCAUUUAUUUUAUCUGUAUUGUAAUUUGUUAGUCUAGGCAACAGUGUUAGGUAAGAGACACUAAAAUAUGUGAAUUAUAAUAAUCAGUUUAAUAUUAGGAAAACAACCGCAGGUUUUACAUACAUCGUUCGUGUUCUCUUGUUUAACUAGAUGGAUUUGGACUCAGUUUGGAAAGCAGCAAUGCAGAAAUACUAAAUGUAUGUUUGUGACUAUAUUUCUUAUAUGAAAGUUUAAAUGUUUCACAUGUCUGUAAACUCUUCUUAUUGAUGUAUGUCACCAUAUAUAUAUGCUGUGGAGGGAAAAAUAUAAACACUUAUUCUGAACGAAAA